CGGGACGACAGGGGUUGCCAUCUGGGCAGCCCAGGACCUCCAUACAUACUGUCUGUCCGUGAUUUGACUUCACCCCUGGACACGCAUCUCAUUGUCUCAAGACAGAUGCCAAUAACAACACAAGGAUUUGAGUGUUGCACAGGGUGUGUUUUUCCCAUAGCAAGAAGAAAUAGAAACAUUCUGAGAUGUAAAUAUUGUGAAAAUAACAGCCAUUAAUUCUUCACUCGCUUUAGAUUUUCAUUGAAAAUCUUAAAGAAUGUUUGAUAUAUAUGACAGAUGCUUACAAAAAGACUUACAUGCAGUACAGGUUUCAAAAUUUGCUCUGUGUUUUUUUAAAGGAAAAACAGCUUCCACUGAUGAUGAUGUACAGAAGGCUGAUGUAUCUUCGACAGGUCAAGGGGUUAUUGAUAAGGAUUCAUUGGGACCUCUUCUGUUACAGGCAUUAGAUGGCUUCUUAUUCGUAGUAAAUCGGGAUGGGAACAUUGUAUUUGUAUCCGAAAAUGUCACACAAUAUUUGCAAUAUAAACAAGAGGACCUGGUUAAUACAAGUGUUUACAGUAUUUUGCAUGAAGAGGACCGGAAGGAUUUUCUUAAAAAUUUACCAAAAUCUACAGUGAAUGGAGUUUCUUGGACCAAUGAAGCACCUAGACAGAAGAGCCAUACAUUUAAUUGUCGCAUGAUGGUAAACACUGUACAUGAUCUUCUGGAAGAUGUAGGGAACAACCAAGAUACACAUCAAAGAUUUGAAACCAUGCAAUGUUUUGCUUUAUCACAACCAAGAGCCAUGCUGGAAGAAGGUGAAGAUUUGCAGUCCUGUAUGAUAUGUGUGGCACGCCGUAUCUCGGCAGUAGAAAGGGUAUUUUCACCAAGUACAGAGAGCUUUGUUACUAGACAUGACCUUUCAGGUAAACUUGUUAACAUAGAUACAAAUUCUCUAAGGUCCAUGAGACCUGGCUUUGAAGAUACAAUUCGUCGUUGUAUUCAGAGAUUUUUAUGUCAAAAUGAAGGACAGCCCUGGUCAAACAAACGCCACUAUCAUGAAGCUUAUAUGCAGGGUCUUGCUGAAACUCCACUUUAUCGGUUCUCCUUAGCUGAUGGAACAAUAGUGACAGCACAAACAAAAAGCAAAUUGUUCCGGAACCCUGUUACCAAUGACCGGCAUGGGUUUAUCUCCACCCACUUUCUUCAAAGAGAACAAAAUGGAUAUCGACCAAAUCCCAGCGCAAUGGGACAGAACAUCAGAACAUCUGCAACUGCAAGUACAAAUUCAGUCAGUGGUGUUAUGAACAUGUCAUCUGGGCAAAAUAUACCUUUGCAGAACAGGAACUAUGGUAUGGGAGAUCCUAACUUAAUGGGGCAGAUGAGUGGUGCUAGAUAUGGAGGUCCUGGAAACAUGGGACCGGUGAACUCUGGACAAGGAAUACAGUCUUCUCCUUAUCAGAGUAACUAUGGAUUAAAUAUGAGCAGCCCACCACAUGGGAGCCCAGGCUUGACUUCCAGUCAACAGAAUUUAAUGAUAUCCCCUAGGAAUCGUGGGAGUCCAAAAGUGAAUUCACACCAAUUUUCGCCUGUAGCAGGUGUGAACUCUCCAAUGGGAACUGCCAGCAACACUAGCAACAACAAUUUUUCAAGCAGCUCCCUUAGUGCUCUUCAAGCUAUUAGUGAGGGAGUUGGAACUUCCCUUCUGUCUACUCUUUCUUCACCAGGUCCAAAACUAGACAAUUCUCCAAAUAUGAAUGUUUCUCAGCAAAGUAAAAUGGGUAACCAGGAUUCAAAGAGCCCCCCUGGCUUGUUUUGUGAGCAAAAUCAAGUGGAGAGUUCUAUGUGUCAGUCAAACAGCAGGGACUCCCUUAGUAACAAAGAGAUCAAAGAAGAGGGCAUUGAAGGCUCUGAUCAGAGAGGACUACCUGAAAGCAAAGGGCAUAAAAAACUUCUCCAGUUGCUAACUUGUUCCUCAGAGGACAGGGGACACCCUACACUGGCAAACUCCCCUUUGGACUCCAGUUGCAAAGAACCUUCUGCCAAUGCCACAAGCCCUUCAUCUGGAGUCUCGUCUUCUACAUCUGGAGGAGUCUCUUCUUCAUCAAACAUGCAAGAGAAGCAUAGGAUUUUGCAUAAAUUGCUGCGGAAUGGUAAUUCUCCAGCAGAAGUGGCAAAAAUCACAGCUGAAGCUACUGGUAAAGACACAUACCAUGACAGUGGUGCUGUUUCCUGUGGCGAAGGAACGGUCAAGCAAGAACAAAUGAGUCCUAAAAAAAAGGAAAACCAUGCCCUCCUUAGAUACUUGCUUGACAAGGAUGAUGUAAAAGAUCCUCUUUCAAAAGACAUUAAACCUAAAAUAGAAAAUUUGGACAGCAAGAUGGGACAGUGCUGUAGUUCUGCCAUAACUACUUCAAGUCAAGAAAAAGAGAUGAAAAUAAAAACAGAACCCGCUGAAGAGAUGAGUGGAGAUUUGGUGGAUAAUUUAGAUGCAAUUUUGGGUGAUCUAACUAGCUCAGAUUUUUGCAGUAAUCCAAUGUCUACAAAUGGAAAUAACAUGGGGAAUAAGCAACCAUUGUGCCAAGGAAAUACACCACUGGGUAUGAGAAGUCCCCAAUCUAUGCAGGCCACCCGUCCUCCUUUCAACAGAGCCUUGUCUUUAGACAGCCCCAUAUCAGUGGGAUCAAGUCCGUCUGUGAGGAGUGUUAAUACAUUCUCCAUACUACAGAAGCAAAACAUGAUGGGUGGGAGUCCAAGAAUGAUGGAAAAUCAAGAAAAUUUUGGAACUAAUAUGGGGGGACCUAACAGAAAUAUGCCUAUGAAUCAGCAUUCGGCAAGUGACUGGAGCCUACAAAACUCAAAAGUGAGCAGGAUGGAACCUAUUAGUUCUGGUUCAAUGCCAAGACCAGGGCCAGACUGCAACCCAGCCCUUGCCAGAUCUUCAGUUGGUGGUCCCAUGCCUGGUUUACCCAUGAGGUCAAAUAGUAUGCCUGGCACCAGAUCCAUGCUCCAACAGCAGAUGAUCCAUAUGAGGCCAAAUGAAAUUAACAUUGGUAUGGGGGGGAAUCCUUAUGCACAUCAAGGGCCGUCUAACCAUCCAAAUGCAUGGCCUGACAACAUGCUUUCCAUGGAGCAAGGACCUCGAGGUUCACAAAACAGGCAACUAGUUAGGAAUUCUUUGGAUGAUCUUCUGUAUGCUGCUCCAAAUGUUGAUGGCCAAAGUGAUGAAAGGGCUCUCCUAGAUCAAUUGCAUACAUUGCUGAGUAACACAGAUGUCACAAGCCUUGAAGAAAUUGAUAGGGCCUUAGGAAUUCCUGAUCUUGUAAAUCAAGGGCAAGCUUUGGAACCCAAGCAAGAAUCAUUUCAUGGCCAAGAAUCUACUGUAAUGAUUGACCAGAAGCCUCCAGUAUAUGGUCAGCCAUACCAGGGCCAGGGAGCUGCCCUGCCAGGGGGUUUUAAUAGCAUGCAAGGCCAACAGGCAGCCUUUAACUCUGUGAUGAAUCAGAUGAAUCAGCAGGGCAGUUUUCCAAUGCAAGGUAUGCAUCCCCGAGCAAAUGUCAUGAGGCCCAGAACCAACACACCAAAGCAACUUCGGAUGCAGCUCCAACAGAGACUUCAAGGGCAGCAGUUUUUGAAUCAGACUCGUCAAACACUUGAUAUAAAAAUGGAGAACCCCAACCCUGGUAGUGCAUCAGUGAUGAGACCUGUUAUGCCCCCACAAAUGGGAUCACAACAGCAAGGCUUCCUUAAUGCUCAGAUGGUGGCGCAGCGAAACAGGGAGAUAAUAAGUCACCACAUCCGACAGCAAAGGAUGGCCAUGAUGAUACAGCAGCAACAGCAGCAGUCUCAAGCCUUCAGUCCUCCCCCAAAUGUGACCACCUCAGGAAGCAUGGAUGGUGGUGUUGCAGGCCCUCCGAUGGCUCCAGUCCCAUCCCAGCAAUUUUCAUACCCAGCCAAUUAUGGAAUGACCCAGCAACCAGACCCUGCCUUUAGCAGGGUAUCAAGCCCAACCAAUUCCAUGAUGGCUCAAAGAAUUGGACCCUCACAAAAUCCCAUGAUGCAGCAUCCUCAGGCUGCACCAAUGUAUCCAACUCCUGAAAUGAAGGGCUGGCCAUCAGGAAAUAUGGCCAGGAGCAGUUCUUUUCCACAGCAACAGUUCAGCCAUUCAGGGAACCCUGCGACUUACAAUAUGAUGCACAUGAACAGCAAUGGUGGUCACAUGGGACAAAUGAAUAUUAAUACUAUGCCUAUGUCAGGAAUGCCCAUGGGUCCAGACCAGAAAUACUGCUGACAUCUCCAGCUAUGAUCUCCUAACAAGCUGAUGCCAUAGAUGAUGGUGAACUAAGUAUUACCAGAAAAAAGUGCACGUGAACUUCAUGGCAACACGUAGCCUUAUGGAAAUACCACUUCUUUUUACCGUGAAGAUGUCCUAAGUGACUUCAUGAGUUAUGGACCUUUGGGUGGUGAGGGAUAGGAGGAGGACUAGAAGCAAAGUAUCACUGUAUAAUGUACAGAAAGAAAAGAGAAAGGGUGGUUAUUAUUUUGGCACUCUGCCUUUAGCAACAUGUGUUUGGCAGUGCCAUUUGAGUAAAUGUGUUGGAUAGGCACAGUGUGUACCAGUUCUAUUUACUGUAGCUAUCCAAAGCCCUUUAACUACAGGCAGACCAAAGUGCCUGGGAAAUACUUGGUAAGAGUCUUGAGUUCUCUAGUAAGAGCCUCUGAUAGAAUGUAGUUUCUGGCCUUGAUUUAAAAACAAAACAAUGCUCUGAACAUUCAUGCUGCUGUUCAAUCUCACUCCCAGGUGUUGGAACUCUGACGUGCAAGUGGCAAUGCAAAUGAGCUGUUGCAGCCUCUGAAUCACGCUCUUUGGCGCCAAAGGGGUAUGCAGAGAUUAAAUAUGUAUAAUCAUGAUAAAAGAUUUCCAUAUUGAUGUGCAGGUUUGUGCACUUUAUAAAAUGCUGUAUGUAGUGGGUUACUGCAAUACCUAUAAUAAUGAAUCAAUGGAUAUUAAAGUAGGCGAGUUCUUGCCCCCUUUCAAGCCCAGUUUGAAUUACUGUUACAUAAUAUCUCCAAUAUGGGCAUUUGAGCAAUAAUCAUACAUCUUUUUUGCCAUGAAAUGUCAUAAAACUCAAGGCAAGGCAUUGCAGUUUGGAGAGAUAUUCUCUUUGUGAAUACAUUUUGUAAAUAUGAUCUUAAGAUGUUGUACUAUAUAUAUAUAUGACUUUUGUAGGCCACUAACUCAUUUUUGCAGAGUUCGUGAAGCUAAAUAUUUAACAAAUAUAAUUUCUGUAAACUCGAGUUUAGUCCAAGUUGUCCAGAUAGGAUUUUUUUUUUAAUUUAAAUGGUUUUGGAGUUGGGUAACUAUGGCCUUUAUCUUAUUUUCAUUGGUCUCUGACAGUUUAUUUAGAACGUCAUUUAUUGGUUUUUUAAAAGAACAUUUGUUCAUAUUUUAGCAGUCUUUUAAUAUUUUCUCUACACCUUAUGUGUGCACUUUGUUACUUUUUUCUUAUAGAUGGCAAUUUGAUGACAAAAAGGCUCUUUUUAGCUGUCAAAUCAGUUUGUGGAAUUUUUAAUAUAACCUGUCUUUUAAAUUAAAGAGCCUCUGCUCUAGGACAUUUGGUUAACUUUUAAGGAAGCCUCAGUGGUGUUUUUUGUGUUAAGUGUCUAUCAGAAAGCACACCUGAUGAUACAUCUGAUUAAUUGGCACAAAUGAUUUUGGUUAUCACAUUUUAUUGCUCUGCUGGUAACAAAUAUAUUUAUUUUCUAAGCAAUUUAUAAUAGCUGGAGGUCAGAGACACCAUAAUUGUCUCGGUGUCAAAUAAUGCAGAUACAUACUGAUUCCUCCCAGUUUUAAACAAGUUGUAGUGAUUCAGAACAGGAUAUUUCUAAGAAAGGUAGACUAAAAUGAAGUGGUGUGUGUGUUUUUCUAUUCCCAUUGCACAUUCAAUAUAGUUCCUCUUGAAUAUGUGAACUGGUGAUUUUGAUAAGUGAAAAUGAUAAAUGAAAUUUGAGCUCCACUUUGCAGAAGCAUGUAAUUCUGUGAGAUUUUGUCCUAAGGCAAGCAGUCUGUGAUUACCCCCAAAACUGCUAGUAUGCUAAGUACAGGUAUAAAUAUUGCCAGUUCCGUGUAGUCCACCAACUAUUUAUUUAACUUCACUAAAGUUAAUUUGUACUUAGAACACAUUUGGCCUCUGAAAUUGUGUUCUGAUUUGCACAUAGUGUGCCUCACAUGUUACAAGUGCUUCCUCGUCCUUUAGGGGUUUUUAAAAAAGCAUUUUUUCCCAUUUAUAUAUUGUUUUAAAAUAGCUUUGAGUUGUUGUUUGAAGUAUACGUCCUUCCAAACCUCCACAUAUGGAUGUGUAAUUUGCUCAGACAUUAAAGUCAGCAGGGGAGUAUUUUGUACACAUGCGCACCUUUGUGCACAUCAGAUCUUUUGGUUUUGUAGGUCUACCAUUAAAGUGAGACAAAAUAUUUUCCACUUCUCAGAAGCCUCAUUCUGAUACUACCAAUAACAACCUCAUGGUAAAAAGACCCACAAGCCUAUAAAAUGGGAGUAGAUGAUCUUUUAACUUUUAUAGGCGAAUAUGAUAAUCAUGAUAGCUCUGAUUACUUUGGCGAAGUGUGACCUCUCUUUUUAUAAACUACUCAUUGCCCUUCUUUUUUUGAUUGAUUCUGUUUGUGUUUUUGAAAUGUGGUGGUACCUGCUGUUCAUUGGUUAAUCUGUUAUUUAGAAUGUUACUCCUUUCCCCGGUUGCUUUUAUUUUAUUUUAUUUUGCUGAAUCCAAAGAUAUUAGUUCAAACUUGAUAAAAGUAUUCACACCAUUUUGAAUUUGCAUUGUCGGGAGCGUUCUUAGCAGUGCUGAUUCAAAUGAUACCUGGAAUCAGAAGUGCAUGAUUAAAAACUCCCAUUCUGUUGCAAUGCAAUCUUUAGUACCAAGAGUGAUUAUACGGGGUGGGGGCUUGUAUGAUAAGUACAGUAAACAUGGCUGAAUAGGGCAAUAAGCUUAGUUUGGUAUUGGUGCCUUCUGACCUAAUUGUCUUUGUAGUGAAUCCAUUCUUCCCACCUUUGUAUGGAUUAUCCAACCAGUUUGUGUGUUGAGAUAAAUACAUAAUUUCAGUCUACAUUAUUUUUCCUGUAAUUCAGCCUUCCCCAACCUGGUAUAAUCCAGAUGUUUUAGACUAACAACUCCCAUCAGCUCCGGGCUGGGGAAGGCUGCCUUAAUAAAUGAGGAGCAUUUUUCAACAGAAACAAACUAUUUGAAUGUUGCACAGGUCAGCACAUCAAAUUUAGUAGCAGACUGUCAUGUGACAGCAAUGCAGCAAUUAUGAAACCAUUCAACUGAGAGCAAUAUUUCUUAAUAUCUCAGGAGAAAGGCAUGCAGUAUUGAGAAUUGACUCCAAAGUUAGUUUACAUUAAAUAUUGCUUGUAAUAAUUGAUCGUUACAUAAGAAAAAAGCCUUCUCUGGGCUGGCAUUAAAAAAAGGGUAGGUCAUAUGGUCUUGUUUUUCUGUGUUUUUGUUUUGUUUGGAUGUUAAUAAUGUAAAUAAAGGUUUCUAUUUGAAACUUGA